UAUCAAUUUCAUGGUAUUGAAACACAGCUCUGACAUUCUGCAAAAUGUCUUUUCAGUUUUAGGAAACAAAAACCAUAUGUUUGCAACAGCAUAAACACAUAGCACAAAUAUACCUCAAAGAUGUUCAGAUGUAAGGUCUUUAGGAUAUCUCCAUUCAUGCUUUCCUACAAUGCCGACCGCGCUUACUAUCGUUGCACAGAGAUGCAUUGGUUAAAAACUCGCUGCUGCAGCGCGAUGAGCCACGCCUCUCGCUGUCUCUUUUUCUCUCUCGCGCUCUCUAGCUCUCUCUCUCUUUUCUUGGUGCUUGCAGCUCCAGAGCGCUUAGUUUUCUCGGAAAAAAAGGAUUUUAAGGGAUUGUUUAGGAAAAAACUUUAAUGAGUGAAGGGUAAAGAAUGUGGCAAGUCCAGUGAGUGUGUAUGUUCAGUGCCGCUCGCGCCACUGCACCUGUCCCUCUCCGUCUCAAAGCGCCCAAACUCGGCAGGCAGGCAGGCUCGCGCGGAAGGCGGGCAUUAUCCAGUCAGCGGCGCACAACACGUUCAGUCCGAACAUGACUUCGUCCUACAAUCUGGAUUUUCUCCCCGAGAUGGUGGUGGAUGGAAGAUUGUUGAGCGCCGGAGAGAUGAUUAACGGUACAGCUGGGAAGAUGAAUGGCGCGCUGGAACACUCGGACCAGCCUGAUCCGGACGCCAUUAAGAUGUUCGUGGGACAGAUCCCUCGCUCCUGGUCCGAGAAAGAGUUAAAGGAAUUGUUCGAGCCUUACGGAGCCGUUUACCAGAUCAACAUACUGCGAGAUCGCAGCCAGAACCCACCACAGAGUAAAGGGUGCUGUUUUGUCACAUUCUACACACGAAAAGCUGCCCUGGAGGCCCAGAAUGCACUGCACAACAUAAAGACCUUAACUGGGAUGCACCAUCCCAUACAGAUGAAGCCCGCAGACAGUGAGAAAUCAAAUGCGGUGGAGGACAGAAAGCUGUUCAUCGGCAUGGUGUCCAAGAAGUGCAACGAGAACGACAUACGGGUCAUGUUCUCUCCCUUUGGACAGAUCGAGGAGUGUCGUAUCCUGAGGGGACCAGACGGACUUAGCCGAGGAUGUGCGUUUGUCACGUUUUCUACCAGGGCUAUGGCACAGAAUGCAAUCAAAGCCAUGCAUCAGUCUCAAACCAUGGAGGGCUGCUCCUCCCCUAUGGUGGUGAAGUUCGCAGACACGCAGAAGGAUAAGGAACAACGGCGACUCCAGCAGCAGUUGGCGCAGCAGAUGCAGCAGUUGAACAGUGCGUCUGCCUGGGGCAGUCUUACUGGACUGACCGGCCUCACCCCGCAGUAUCUGGCAGUAAGAGGACACACCCACGCAGCCACGCCCACCAGCAGCACGGCCAGCGCAGCCGCCGCAUUGCUCCAACAAGCGACCUCCUCCAGUAACCUAGGAGCGUUCAGUGGUAUUCAACAAAUGGCAGGUAUGAAUGCUCUGCAGUUGCAGAAUCUGGCCACUCUCGCAGCAGCAGCGGCUGCAGCACAGAGCUCAGCUAGCCCGUCCACCGCUAACGCCCUGACCUCCAGCACAGGGUCCCUGGGAGCCCUGGCCAGCCCAGCAGGUUCCACGGCAAACUCUAGCGCGGGUGCCAUGGGUUCAAUGGGUUCGCUUGGUUCUCUUGGCACACUGCAGGGCCUGGCCGGGGCCACCGUGGGCCUCAAUAACAUAAAUGCACUAGCAGGUAGCGUCAACAUUGCUCACAUGCUCUCAGGUAUGGCAGCUUUGAACGGCGGGCUGGGCAGCACGGGCCUGAGUAACGGGUCGGCCGGGCCCAUGGACGCUCUCACACAGGCCUACUCAGGGAUCCAACAGUACGCGGCUGCCGCCCUGCCCACCCUCUACAGCCAGUCUCUACUGCAGCAACAGAGCGCUGCGGGAAGCCAGAAAGAGGGACCUGAAGGGGCCAACCUGUUCAUCUACCACCUGCCACAGGAGUUUGGGGACCAGGACAUCCUACAGAUGUUCAUGCCUUUCGGAAAUGUGGUGUCUGCCAAAGUCUUUAUUGACAAACAGACCAAUCUGAGCAAGUGCUUUGGUUUCGUCAGUUAUGACAAUCCUGUAUCAGCACAGGCUGCAAUUCAGGCAAUGAACGGGUUUCAGAUCGGCAUGAAGCGCCUCAAAGUCCAGCUUAAGCGCUCAAAGAACGACAGCAAACCGUACUGAUCUUAGCACUAGGCCCUCUCUCAUUUUACACUGCUAGGAACUCAUCUCCAUGACUCUAUGCUCAUCGUUUGCCUAGCAUGUCUACGUGGCGUACAAAAAAAGUCUCAUCGUCCCGUCAUUGUUUCUGAUGUCUUUCUGAGUUCUCCUGAUCAUAACCUGGUCUCCUUCUACUGAUCUCUGAACUUUGAUCUUAGCCUGAUCUUUUUGGAAAUUUUUCGCAUGUGACCUCAUUUUGAGCUUUUUCUUGUUGUUGUUUUUUUUGUUGUUGUUGUUUUGUUUGUUUUUAUUAACUGGUGAGGGAGGGAGCAAGGGAGGGGAGGAAAGGAGAAAUGAAAAAAAAAAAUAAUAAUAAUAAUAAUGUGAAAACGCUGCAUUCACUCUCUAGAGACAGAAUAUAUUUACUAACAUAACCAGAGCAUCAUUUUAAGAAAACAGAAAAAACAAACAAAAAAAUAAAUCCUGUGGCAAAACAAUUACGAAUAUUUGCAUUUAAAUUUUUGUUUUAUUUGUCAGAUUUUGUUUUUCUUUCUCUCUCUCUCUCUCUUUUAUGUCUUGUUUUUUUUUUAUUCAUUUAAAGUAAACUUGAACGCUCAAUACAGGGAUUGGCGUUGGGACUUACUGUCGGCACGACUCUUAAUUUGAGGCCUACCGUAAGAAACCUACGCCGGUUUCUAAGCAAAAUAGACUACUUCCACACAGUUUUAAUAUAAAAACUGUCUGAUCGAUAUUAGAAUCUCUCUGGUUUUUACAUUUUUCAGGCAGUGUAAAGUUUUUUAAGGCCAUUUUAAGUGGCUUGAUUUCUCAUUAAAGGUAUAUAAAACCACUUUUUCUAGAGUAGUAAAGGUAUUAAAAAAAAUAAAAAAAAACAAGGUUGCCCUGUUUGGGGGGAAAUGCUACCUACGUGUCACACCUUUUGCUGAACUGACUUACAGUUAGACAAUCCGUGGUUUAAAUGCACAUGAAAUGACCUAUAUUUUAUACUGUUUAAAUGUAUAGAGGAAAAAACAGAGUUUGUGUAACCCGCGGUCCCGUCGGUGCUUUUCGUGGAUAAAGUCGUGGUUUCAUCAAGUCUAACAGUCUUAUUUGUCUCAUGUUUUUAAAGAGAAGACUAAAAAUCGAUUUACUUGAACAAUAGACAAAGCCUUUCAUAAUUACGAUUACUACUACGUUUUUUUUUCUUUCUUUUUUUGUUUGUUUGUUUGUUUGUUUUGUUUUUCUUUUUUGAUAGGAGUCCCUCUUUGCUAAAUUUCUUGUUGGGUAAUUAGCUAUAUAAAAAUUUACAGUGUCGGCUUGUGAAGCAUCUAUGUCAUUAUAUUAUUUCUUUUUCUAUUGUGGGAAACAAUAUUUAGAUGUGUUAUGUUGUUCAGCAAAAUGUGAUUUUUUUCUUAUAAAGAAAAAACAAGAUGAGUGGAAUUUAGUGCCAAAUUCUGACGGUACAUCCUGCCUACAGCUUCAGUGUUUUACUUGUGAAAUUAUUUGAUAACAUGGGUAUUUUAUUACGUAAGUGUUUUGUAUGGAACCCUCAUAUUUAAAGAUAUAGAUUUAAAAAAGGUUGUUAACUUGCUCUUCUGUGGUCUUGUUGCCUGAACUGUUCAUGUUUUUUGCUUUUCUUUGGUUUUCUUUCUUUGUAAAGAUGUAAAAAGUGCCCAUGUGUCAUAAUCUCUCUCACAAGCACAUGCACACGCAUGCACGCACAUUCACAGGUAAGCACACAUUAUGCACACACAUGCACGCAUACACACACCUGUGCUAAAAGGUUGACCUCACAACCCUCUUUUCUUUGACGGUGUGUGUAUGUGAGCCCCUGGGAUUGAGUCUCGGCAGUUCUCCUUAUAUACACAUACACACAUUAGGGGUCCACUUACACCACUAAAGGCUGCGUCAUUUACUUGUGAAAGGACAAAGUCGUGUGAUUGAACAAUUUACGCGUGACAAUAUUUUAAUUGUGAAUCAGGAGUGAAAAACAUCAUGAACAGUGGCUGUACUACUCUACGUUUCAUUAAAUGAUGAACAUCUCAGUGUAAUCUUGCUUUCUGCUGCCUUUAUCGGGACUAUUUUAAGCAAACCCGUCCUGAUGCCAAAGUCGUUUCAGCAUGAUCCACAUUAUUCUGUAGGCGUUUACACAGCUUUCAUCAUACAGCCCAUAUAAAUAUUGUUUACAAACGUAGUUUACAGGCAGCCCCGUCAAAGCCGUUUACUUCGCUCUAUAGCACUAUUUUCUACCCAAGCUCUGCCGUUGCCUUAACGUGUCGAUCAGUAUUAGUGGGCUGGAAUACUUUGCUGCACAUUUAAAACAUGUGCCAAGGGUUUGUGUGUCUGUGUGAAUGUAAACGCGUACAUGCGAUUGGUUGUUUGACCUCUGUGUGUCCACGUUAUUCGAAAAAGUCAAACUUUCAGCAAGUUUUUAGAUAAAGGAGGCCUACUUUUAUAUAGCACAAGCGCAACAAAUUUGUGAAAAUUGUUGGUUUCAUUUUUAAGUAAAUUGCGUUCUUACAGUGCGUUAAUUGCGAUUUGUUCAGAUUUCUAUAUAAAUAUUUUAAUUUGAUACGUUUCAUGAAUGAUGCCCAAAGAACGUAUUUAUGUUUCACCGUACUGAAUCAGUUUUGCAAUGGGAAGUUCGAGUCGGUCAGUUUACAUCUCAUUGCCAAAUCACUAGCACACAAAAAAGCACAUGCGCAUUAGCACAGCGUUAACAUGCAGUAUUAAAACUGACGACGACUUUUCUUACCCAGUCCUGCAGGCGAGUCAGUACGCUUACUGGUUACCCCCUCCAAUAAAUUCACAUUGAAAACCUCAUCCGCAAGAUCUUUGUAGAGAAUCAAAGUCAUGCAUUUUCUUUGACUUGAUUCGUUUGACUUAACACUGUAAAAAAGUUGGUUCGGCUUAAAAAAAGUAAGUUAUCUGGUUGCUUUCAAAUGUUGAGUUAAUUCAACUUGAAAAUAGUAGUUGAGACAACAACUUUUUAGUCAAGUAAUAUAUUUAAAGGUGCCAUAGAAUAAGAGCUCUGUUUAACAUUAUUAUUAUUAUUAUUAUUCAUGGCCUAAAAAUAGACCAUUUAAUUCUAAGGACAAAACCUAGGGUUGUAAACAGAAAUCUAAAAACGUUUUUGGAUAAUUUUGCACUUAAUACAGUUACAUACCCUCUAUGUAAAUAUCAAACAACAAUUUAACAUACUAUUUAAAUGCAUUCUUUUGCACCAUAUCGUCCGAUUCACGAUUUUACAUUUCCUUUGACGUUUAAGUGUGUAUUAGUACAUAAUAACUAUAUGCAAAAGGUACAAACCCCAAAGUAAACAAUGACGCGGGUUAUCGUCUCCAACGUAAAUCUCUUUUCUUGGACUACAACAAACACACGGAUUGUAUGCAACAGUUAACUACCUGGGAUUGGUGACAUAGACAAGAUCGACAUUAUCAUAAUUCCUCGGACUUAGCCUGUAAGUUAACUCCUGUUAGCAUUGCAUUGUGAGGGAAUCUUUCAAACAUGGUAAGGAGCGUCACCUUUCCGACUGACAUCAGAGGUAUUCAGGCCAAUCACAACGUCCAGAUUAGCUGGCCAAUUUCAAAUCUAUGUGUUUUGUACAAAAUCAGUUUGUUACAGGAAGACAGGGAUAUCUGGAGCUACAACAAUGUACGGUAUGUGGAAAAUAAUGUGAUUUUAACUAUAAACCAGGCGAAGACAUUGUAUUAUACCAAAUACACAAAAUAACGUUGUUUUAGCAAUGAAAUAGGUGCACUUUAAGUUGAAUGAACUCAAAAUGUUAAGGCAACCAGGUAACUUACUAUUUUAGGUUGAACCAACAAAUCAUUUUUAACAGUGAAUUCAGUAUUGGGGCUUCGUAAAUAUCGCUAGUUAAUUUCUGCUUUAGUUUUUGCGUUCGCUUAGCACACUUCAUCACAAUCAACUUUACUGACUUGAGAAAAACAGGGUACGUUUUCACAUAUACACACAUAGACAAACAUUCGCCAGAUGUUUAGUAAAGCACAAACUCGCACGAGUCUUUGCAGGAGUUCUUGCCGAGACUCUUUACUCAGGGGUUUUACCGCACCACACGCAUCUGAAACCUGUUUGUUGUUUCUUUUGUUGAUUUCUUUCUCUUAAGUGCUAUUUAACAAUUGUAUUUUAAAGAAAAAAAUGAUGUGUAGUUUCUUUGCAUUCUGGCUUAUGUCAAGUUUUUUGGAAAAAUGUAUGUGUUUAUCUAACGUGCCGUAACAAAAGCUUGUCGUCUGUAGAUUAAUAACAUCAUUUCGUUUGAUUCUAUAAAGAUUUAAAUAGUUUUAAGUAUUGUCUUGAGAAAAGCCAAAGUCAAUGCAUUUCAGUGGAUUAUGUAAGCGUGAUACAUGUUUGUUUGACAACACUUUGAAAAUCUGUCAUUGGAUGGGAAUUUAAAAAGUACAAAAAAAGCAGGCUUUCCUAUUUCUAUCACUGAUUGUACUUAUGCCUUUUGUACCAGUGGAACUUUUUAUACUGGCAAUUAAAGGAGAAAAAACCUACAAAUCCGACAGGCUGCGCGACCCCAGCCAGGGGUCGACAGCGACUGGUCCCCGAGUUUGAUUUCUAGCUGGCGUCCAGAACGUUAGGUUUUGAUAUAUAUAAAGAGUUUUUUAGGAGAAAACGUUGGCUUGGUAUCUUUAGCCUCCUCUAUGUUCUUCACGUCCGUAUUUGCUUUCCCUUUCGUUUAUUUCUUUUCACGGAAAGAGGGUCGGGGAGUUUUCCAUUUGGCUUAUAAAUACGUAAUGCCGUUUGUCUUUACAAAGAGUCUUUACAACAGCGGUAAGUUUCAUUUAGUUGAGUAUUGUGCUGUCACCAUGAUAAGACGAUUAGACGAUUUAGAAGUAUUUAGUCACCUUCAGUGGAUAAAUGUAUUAGUUUGACAACGAGAUAAAAGUAAUUUGAGGACUUUGCUUUUAGCUGUUUAGAUUUUUCUGGUUUCUCUGUCUUUGCUGUUAACCUAACUGUGUAGCUGGAACAGUCAGACUUAUUUUUGUAAAUGUAUGUUGUGUGAUGCAGUUUUUUGCCUCUGUCUCCGAUAUUAAACCAUUUUUCCUAA